GAACUAGAGGAGGCGGCGGCCAACGCGGCGGAGGAGGAGAGGAGACGCCUGCAGACCCAGACUGAACAACAGGAUCGCUACAGGAUGGACCUGGAGAGGGAGAAAAUGGUGCGACAGGAGAUGGAGGAGCAGGUGGCUCAGAAGUCCAGUGAGCUGGAGCAGUACCUGCAGCGCGUCCAUGAGCUGGAGGACAUGUACCACCGCCUGGAGGACGCCCUGGAGGACGAGAAACGUGCCAGGCAGGACGAGGAGACGGUCCGCAGGCUCCAGGCCCGGUUACUAGAGGAGGAGGCUGUCAAGCGGGCUGAGCUGGAACAGAUCCACCUCCACCAGCAGAGGGCCAUCUCUGAGACAGAGGUGGAGAAGCAGGAGCUGCGGAAGGAGGGAACGGCCAAGGAGAAUGCCCUGCAGGCCGCCAUGCUGCAGCUGGAGCAGCUAGAGAAAGAGAGGCAGGGGGCACUGGAGCAGUACCAGGAGGUAGUGCAGAAACUGGAGGAUGCAGCAAAUAACACCAGGACCUGGAAACAUAAAGUGGCCCACCAUGAGGGAUUAGUCCGCCUCGUUCAACCAGGGUCGAAGGGGCCUCAGAAAAUCACUAACUGGGGCCCAGCGUCCUUCACUGAGGCAGAACUGAGCUUGCGGCAGAAAGACUGGCAGGAGAGGAAGAACCAAGCUGCCGAGAACCAGUAGAGCCCCCAUUCCCACAUUCAACACACUCAUGGUUGCUGGAACAAUGAUGCAAUGUUGCCCUCAGUGUGCCAAGUUGCGUCUUCAGCAUUCGUUGACCAACUCAAAAGAAAACAGGAAAGGCAGGCUUGUUUUUACACAGACACCAGGGUUAGAAAAUGUCGAGGGCCUACCUGGACCUGUCCAAUACAAAAGGCUCAUUUUUAUUUUCCGUUGCAAAGCGUUUUGAAAGGUUUUCUAUUGCGUCCCCUAAUGAACACAACCUAGUUCAGAGCAGGUGCAGCACAGAUCUUGAUACUACCUGGAUAGCCGUAGAGGGAAAUGAACAGCCAGAUUAAAAUUGCUUUCAUAUGAAGGAAUAAAGGAACUGCACACUUGACACUAAUAAUUAAAUGUCUGUGGGGAAGGUGCAGUCGUUUUUAUCAAAAUGUUUUUGAGCGUGUUUUGGCGUAUUUCAAUUUUUCCUAAGAUUUCACAGUUUGUCUUUUUUAAAUGUUAAAACUACAGCUUGCAUAGUUUUAGGAUGACUGUUUUUGGUUCCAUUGUCAAAGUGAUAGAAUUUAUAGCACUUAAAUAGCCCAUGUAAGUAUGAACAAAACUCUAUGAUAACAUCAUGGAAUGAAAAUCAAAUGACCGGAGCUUAUCUCAAUAACUAGCCAUCAUACUGUACUGCUCCCAGUAUUUCAUGUCAUUUUUGUGUACACAUACUGUAAGAAACAGGGCAUUUUGCAACAUUACCCUUGAAGCAUUGUUGCUAGCAAAUAUACAGGGCUUUGUACCCCGGUGCCAGAACCAUCAUCAUGGGGGAUAUGGAGUUGUUGUUGAACUUUUGCUAUUUUCUAUUCUUUCAUGUGUAAAUCGCUUAAAGAACCCUGUAAUAAAACAUUACA